CUGAUUCUUAAAAACGUAUAUUUUCUUUAAUCCCUACGCCCAGCUGCAAAAGUCGUGGAUCGCAUCUCGCCACGGUUCCGAUUCCCGUUUGCAGGCUAUCUAUAUAUUUAGACUGCAUCCUCUCAUAAGUAGAUCAGUUACAGAGAUCUGCGACAAUUAUUGUUACAUGCCUGAGAGAAUGUUGCUAAAUUUACCGUCAGAGCUCAUCUUUGACUUGCUAAACCACCUCACAAUCAAUAACCUCUGCGAAGUAAGACUUGUCUGCAGGAGGAUGGACGAUGAAGUCAAAAGGAUUGUACAUUUCCGAGUACAGUUAGACUUGGCCACUCCUCUACACGCAAUAGAGACUUUGUCACUAUCCCGAUUCGUUCGUCAAACACUCUGUAUUCACCGGGACACAGAUCUUAUCUCUUGGGACCACGCUACAUCUUACGUACAAAGAUGUGUCCCGAACUCGAUCGAAGCUGUCUACAUUGAUUCUUCGAUUCCCACAGUCGACGAGGUAUUUCUGCGGAAUGUACUGAACAACCAUCGGACUAUUCAGCACAUUGAUGUCAGGAGACGACUACGUAGUUCGAGUGCUUGGUUACGAGCUAUUUUGCCGCCAAGUGUCUCGCUCUUUUAUGGUACUAGGCAAGACAUCGAUGCCUUGUUAAUCACUGCACAUCCUUCAACCAUUACAAAACUUGAACUAGGCUAUAUCGGGAAGAUUGGUAAUCGCACCGUCUCUCUAAAAGAUUUUGAGACAUUGAGAACUCUUCGCCUUAUUGGUUUCGACUUACAAUGUUUUAUUGAGUUGCAUAGAGUUGUUAACCAGCUCAAAUCCAUCCAGAUCAUGCGCUGCACUGGCGUUGCGCGAUUCCUGAGCCAGAUACCACCUGCUACGCGCAUGGACGAGUUCGAAUGUUGUUUGCAUUACAGUGAUACUGCAUCAACUAUAAGUGCUAUUGAAGGAUUCCUUGAGAGAGUUCGUGGUCUUCAUAAACUAGGGCUCAAUUAUCAGGAGUCUACUAAUCGAGUGAGACCGAACUACAUACGGCAACAUUCGAAGAGUCUUAGACACUUCGAACUUACAUCUAACCAGCACCUAAAUUUUUUAUGCUGCGAAGCAUGGUCCGUGGUGUACGAGUGUCAGUCUCUGGAGUAUUUAGGUCUGAGUAUUGCCAACCUUGGACCGGAGAGCGCGCAGAUUGGGAUUGAGUGGGUACACUUGCUCUUUUGGGGGCUUUGGCUCCAUCUCCUGCGAUACCCAAAACACCCUACGCUCCGAAGCUUCCGUCUGACUGGCGCAUGCGCGUUUUAUGGCCACAUAUCCCACAAGGAUAUCGAAGAAUCACUUGGGAAAGCUCGGCGUUUCUUACAAAUGCGGCUUCCAUUAAGGAUGCUAUGCAUUAAUCCAGCAUAUACAGAUGCAGAGAUUGAGAAAUUGUAUGAGUACGGCAGCCCUACACUAGUGCCGCGUGUAGUGUUAGAAGAUGGCGAGGAGCCGGAUGGGGAAAGGUACAAGAAGACCCGGAGAUCCGUCGUUUUCCUAGAACCUGAGUCACUAGCACACGCGUGUUCUCUCCCCCAUCUUUAUACCUACCCGUCCCACGUACUUCGGAGUUGUAACCUCUGAAGUGCUCCCGACUUGAACUGUACAUAUGCACUUCAACGGUACUAUAUAGACAAUAUAUUCAGAUUUAAC